AUGAUGUUGAUUAUCUUUGGCUACACUAAUGAUUUAUGUAUUGCUUUACAAAGAAAGGAACAAGAUAUUGUUAAUGCCAUUAGACUUGUUAGUACUACAAAAAAUGUGUUGCAAAAGAUGAGAGAUGAAGGAUGGGAUAAUCUCUUAAAAAAAGCUAUUACAUUUUGUACUAAACACGAGAUUGAUGUUCCAUCUAUGGAUGCUCAUUAUGUGCCUCAAGGAAGAGGAAGACGUUUUGUUCAACAAGCUACAAAUCUACAUCAUUUUAUGGUUGGAAUCUUUUUGGAAGUAAUUGAUUUGCAUCUUCAAGAGCUUGAUAACUGUUUUAAUGAGAUUAACAUGGAGUUACUUACAUGCAUGGUCUCUCUAAGUCCUCAAGGUAACUUUUCAUCUUUUGAUAAAGAGAAGAUACUUAAACUUGCUUCUUUAUAUCCCGAGGAGUUUUCAUGUAAUGAUUUAACGGCUCUUGAUCUUCAACUCGAUGUGUUCUUGGAUGCUAUGUUAAACGAUGAAAGAUUUCAUGAUUUGAAAGAUAUCAAUUCUCUUUCCAUGAUGCUUGUUGAAACAAAGAGACAUGAGACAUUUCCUCUUAUACAUUUGCUAAUCAAGUUGAUGUUGAUUCUUCCUGUUGCUACGACAAGUGUAGAAAGAGUGUUUUCCGCAAUGACAUAUGUCAAAAGUAAGUUGAGAAAUAGCAUGGGUGAUCAACUUAUGAAUGAUUGUUUGGUUACUUUUAUUGAGAAGGAAGUGUUUCUAUAUGUUUCCGAUGAAAUGAUUAUUGAUCGUUUUAAAAGUAUGAAGACUCGAAGGAUGAAUUUGUAA